GUGGGAUAAUAUGUUUUACAUUGCGUGAAGUCCAGUAAUUCGUGAUUACUGCCUGUGAUCAAAGUGAAUGCGGAGAGAGAAAAUAGAUGCUGUGACUUUAAGAGUGUCGAUUGGUUUCCUUCUUAUUGGAUGGCAGAGAUGGCUGAUGGGCACCAAUAGGAUUCAGAACUGUACAAAGCAAUCUAGUCCCUGCCCCCAUUCAUCCUCGGUACUCCAACACUUACAAUGAAGAGAGGCAGAGGACCGAAGGAGCAAUGCGCUCAUUUUUUAUAAUGUUACGGUUUUAUAUGCGGCCUCAGUAAUAUGUGGGAAUGGUUCUAUGGGAAUCAUACCUGCGAUGAUGGAUUUCAGAAUUUUUCAGUGCAUUAUGUCAAUUGGAAUUAAUCUUUUAUAACGGACCAAGGAUGACAAAGAGAAAGGGAUGUCGAGACUGGAGAUGGCUGGCUCUUUGGUGGCAUCAUUUCUUUCUCUUGUGGAGUACAAUAGACGGACAAACUCGUUACAGCAUUCCAGAGGAACUAAAACAGGGCUCAGUGGUAGGAAAUCUUGCCAAAGAUUUGGGUUUGGGGUUAUCUGAAAUUUUUGACCGUAAGCUGCACGUCGCCUCCGAUGCUGGUAAGCAGUAUUUCAGCAUGGAUGCGGGGAAGGGCGAGCUCGUGGUGAAUGACAGAAUAGACAGAGAGGCUUUGUGUGGACAAAGCGCCAGCUGUGUGUUACCUCUGCAAGUAGUUGUUGAAAAUCCUUUACAGUCUCAUCGAAUUGAGGUGGAAAUAAGAGACAUAAAUGACAAUGCUCCUAGUUUUCUUACCCAAGAAAUUAAUCUUAAAAUACCAGAGUCAGUUGGUCCCGGCAGACGUUUUCCUUUAGAAAAUGCAGAGGACCCCGAUGUUGGGAGCAAUUCUUUGAAAACGUAUACUUUAAGCAAAAACGAUCAUUUUUCAUUGAAAUUCAAGGACACAAAGAGUGGUAAAGCUGUCCCAGAAUUAGUGUUAGAGAAACCCUUAGACCGCGAGAAAAAUGCUUUCCAUCAGCUGCUGUUGACAGCUUUAGAUGGAGGAACCCCAGUCACAUCGGGAACAUGUAAAAUUACAAUUACUGUACUUGAUAAUAACGAUAACUUUCCAGUGUUUAGUGAAAACGAGUACAAGGUUGUUCUAAAGGAGAAUAUCACCACGGGGACGUUUCUAGUUAAACUUACAGCAACAGACGCCGACGAUGGGCUUAAUGGUGAAGUUAGAUAUUCUUUCGGGUCCCGCACUCCUGACUCAGUGUUAUCAACAUUUGCAAUCAAUGUGGAAACAGGAGAAAUUAUAUUAAAGGGCCCAUUAGAUUAUGAAAGUAAUAAAUAUUACCUUAUUGAUAUAACUGCUAAAGACAGAGGGGUUCCCGAAAUGGAGGGUCACAGUCGUGUGCAGCUCGACAUAGAGGAUAUAAACGAUAACGCUCCGGAGAUUGUGCUAACUUCGGGUCCUAGUCCUGUACCCGAGGACGCACGGAGUGGCACAGUCGUGGCACUGAUCAGUGCAAGAGACCUGGACUCCGGUGAAAAUGGCAAAGUGACCUUGCAUCUUUCCAAAAGUUCCCCGUUCGCUCUGAAACCUUCGUUUUCUAAUAAUUAUGAAUUGAUUACCAGCGGUCCUUUAGACCGAGAGAGAUCCUCAGAGUAUAAUAUAGAAAUCAAAGCCACUGAUUCUGGCUCUCCCCCUCUGUCCAGUAAGAAAAUCAUACCUGUCACUAUCACCGAUGUUAAUGACAAUGCUCCUGUAUUCACUCAGAAAACCUAUAAUGUGUAUUUAAAAGAGAAUGGAGUACCAGGCUCUAUCCUGUACUCAGUAUCACACCUGGACCUUUGA